ACUGUCACUGGAAGGGAAGGUAAUUUUGUCAUCAAAUUGAUUUAAAGUAACAAUACUGUGACAGUACUUUAAUACUAAGUACAUUAUUAGUUUGCUAAUAGUCCAUAUUAGUCAUUGACCACAAUGUUAUGAUUAAGUUAUUGCGUAAUACCAAAUAUCUAGUGCGCCAUUCUACUUUUCACUUGAAGAAACUCAAUAUUCAUAUUUCAUCUUUACAGAUGGCUAAAGAAUUUGACAAGGCAGAAUUGAAAAGCAGGCUGACUCCUUUGCAGUAUCAUGUUACACAGGAGAAGGGAACCGAGCGACCUUUCUCGGGUUGUUACAAUAAAACUAAAGACGCCGGCACUUACGUCUGCAUAGUUUGCGAGCAGCCUCUCUUCAGUUCUGAAACUAAAUUUGAUAGCGGAUGUGGAUGGCCUGCCUUCAAUGAUGUUUUGGAUAAGGGAAAGGUUAAAUUAUCACCAGACACUAGUGGAGUUGGUGCAAACCUUUUACUCCUGAUAUCCCAACCAGGGAGGAUCCGAACGGAAGUCACCUGCUCCCAAUGUGGCGCCCACCUUGGUCACGUUUUUGGAGAUGGCCCUCCACCAACAAAGAAGAGGUUUUGCAUCAACUCGGCAUCAAUUAAUUUCAUACCAAUGAAUAAAGCAGGCGACAGCUGAGACAAUUAUAACUUUUUCUGUAUAUUUUAAUCCUCGUUCAAUUGGAAACAGUUUUGUUUUGAGAAUUUUGGAAAUGAAAAAUGCCUAUUCUGAAACAAAUGUGAAUACAAUAGAAACAAACAAUGGAAAGAAAUUUAAAUAAUUUGUUUUGGCCUUCAUAUUUGUAGCUAAAUGAAAGUAAUCUGUAUAUUGCUUGGAAUUAACACGCAAAAAACUUGCAAUCUACAUCAAAAUAUAUUUAACCCCAGUGUAAAAUAUUAAUUUAUUUAGUAAGUUUAUUAAUAUUAUUAUUGCCUAGCAAAACUAAUAAGCUGUUGAUUCAUUGGUCUUGAAUUUUAUUACUUGACAAACUAAAAUAAAAGAUAAAUUAUUUUUGUAAUAUAUUUUUGAAGCAGUUUUAGAUUGUUGAAUAAGCUUUGUAUGGGUUAGAAAUAAAAAUUUAUAUGAAAAUU